AUGGGGUUUAACAAUAACAUCACCAUUUCACGUGCGUGUUCCCAGCGCGUCAAUAGCGUUAAUCGAAGUUUUAAUAAUUCAAAUGUUAAUAACUUGGAACACUUUGAUACAAGUUCAUUUGUAGAAAGGUUAGAGAAAGAAGGGUUUACAAGACAACAAAGUGAAGCUAUAAUGAAAUCAUUAUCUGAGGUGAUGAAUGAGAGUAUGCAGAAUCUGACGAGUAAUAUGGUGACAUUAACAGAUCAAGAGAAGAUCGUAUACACGACCAAAGUGGACAUAUCCAAGUUAAAAUCAGAAAUUCAAAUUGUAGAAAAAAGUGAUUUCAAUACUCAAGGAGGAGUCCGUUUGGAUUUAAAUUUAGAAAGGGGUCGGAUUAAAGAUGAAUCAAGGGUAUUAGAGGCAAGUUUAAAAGAAACUCACACCAAGAUUGAAAGUGAAAUAGCUGGAUUAAGAACAAAUAUGGAAACCGUUAAAUUCCAAAUAUUACAAUAUAUGAUUGGUACCUUAACUGGUGCCGGCGCUUUGAUCUUGGGUAAGUAA